CCUCCUCAUCUUCCAAUGAGUGAAGAUAGACAAAUUGAUCCAGCAAUCAUUCAUCCAUCCAUCCAUCCAUCCAUCCAUCCAUUGCUCUUUUGCAAGAAAGGUUCAGACAGUUGGAGAGAGCCAAGGAGAUAAGGCAGGAGAAAGAGUUCCUACGGAUGUUGCCUAAAUCAAGGCAGAUCAAUGCAGCUAUGCCUUAUGUGCCAUGCAGAUCGCUUUUACACCCUGUACUCAUGCUUCAGUCAAAGUUGCCUCUUCAGUGUACACUCAAAAGAGAAGCUAAUGUUGAUACUUCCAUCUCUUACAAUGUUAGUCUAUCGAGUAAUCCUGUGGUUUCCUUCCAUUUCUUCUUCAUGGUGCGCAACUACAUAGCGAUUAGAAAGGCGAUUCUCUUCUCUCUUCUGAAAUGCAUUCUCAGCAUAGUGCUUUUACCCUACCUCAAGUCUAUAUAUUUGAUGCCUUCACAUCUUGAUGAUUGGAUCCAUCUUCAUCGUGCUUAUCAUCAUCAUCAUCAUCUUGAUUAUCCCUUUUGAGGACCACUUUGAUGCUCUCACUAGCUUUAGGGAUGUAUCCAAAUCCUUCGCAUAAAAAACCAGAUACUGUCUCAUACUGAUGUUCCUAUAGAACAGCAUGGUGAACAAAGAAAUGAUGAAUAGAGAUGAAAUUUACAA